AUGGCCAACAGUCAAAAGAGGGUGAUUUUCUGCGGGGGGGCUCUGUUGAGCUUUGCCUCUGCUUUGACUGCACUAGUGGCGCUUGGGACUCACUUCUGGGUCGAAGGCUCCCUGCUGUGCAGGACCGGAGUGCAACUGGUCAAUGCCUCGGGAGCAGAACUGCACAAAUUCAUCGGGGCCAUCCGGUAUGGGAUUUUCCACGGACAGAGACUCCGACAAUGUGGCCUCGGCGGAAGAAGCUUCCAAAUCACCUUUUUCCCAACCCUAUUGGAUGCCAUACCUGCAAGCCUUCACGUCAUGGUUCUACUGUUUUCUGUAGCGACCAUUGUAUUUGCUCUGGUGGCAACCGGAUUCUUCAUGUUCAACGCUUUUGGAAGACCUUACGAGACCCUCCAUGGUCCUAUGGGCUUGUACCUUUGGAAUACCAUUGCAUGUUCCUGUGGUUUCAUGGUGAUGAUACUGUUUACCUCGGAAGUGAAGAUUCAUCAUCUGUCUGAGAAAAUUGCAAAUUACAGAGAGGGAAGCUUUGUCUUCGAGACGUACACUGAGACGUUUGGGUACCCCUUCUGGCUUAUCUUCGGGUGUUCAUUGGUUCACUGCAGUAAUAUACUACUCAUCAGGUUCAUGGGAAUCCAAAUUCCUUUCCCACUGUCAAAAAGUACCAAUUCAAGUGAUGGAGGAGUUGACCUGAUGUACUGA